AACAAAUUCACAGACGUGCGAUCGGUAACGAAGUUUCAUAGUAUGUCCAAUCUACCUUGUUUCUCGUCGCUGAUAUUAGAAUCUAAUAAUUAGAUUGUAUUGUAUGAUUUGAUUUUAGUAUUUUGUAUUCUAUAGCUAUUUAAUUGUACUUGAACUACAUAUGUGUCUCUUCUAAAUUUACUACAAAAAAUGAUGAAAUCGGAGUUCCAUUCAUGUAACCUAUUAACGUUACUGUAUUAAACGAUGUUCUUUCAUAAGCUUACUUUAUGCGAGUAAAGUAUGCAGAACUUAAUAAAUUACCCGGAGCGACAAUACGUCGCUUCACAAAAACACAUAAAAUCAUUGUUUAAGUUUAAUUUAAAAAAUGUAAAUAAUUAUACUGUAAGUAAUAGGAGUAGUAAGAGGUUAUACUUUCCAGCAUUACAUCAGUCUUACACAGAUGUAUACAAAGAAUUCAACUCAAUGCAAUCGUUACUUUGUAAAAGUAUUCCUAAUAAAAUUUAUUGUUCUCCAUGGCUGAUCAGUAGAAGGAAUUUUAAUACAACAUCAAGUUUGUUAAAUAAGAAAGAAGAAAGUAAGAAACCUAAUAAGAAUGAUGACAAAGAUCCAAAUAUGAAUGCCAUAUUUAACCUAAAAGUUGCAGUCGCAAUUACAUUUUUAUGUUUUUAUCUACUAAUGGACAGGAAACAGUUACAGUUAGGUGAAUGUGAGUGGAAUGAGUUCAUUAACAAAUAUCUGAUGAAAGGAGAAGUCAAAGAAAUUACUAUAGUUGAUAAUGUCUAUAUGAAAGUAACACUUCAACCUGGUGGACUUUAUAGAGGACUUGAAGUUGGAGAAGAUACAUACAACACUAUUAUCGUGCAGAGACCUCCUACACUUGUUGAAGAUAAAAUUAGAAAUAUAGAAAGGAGAUUGGGUAUUUCAGAAGAAAAUGGAAUUCCAAUUCGAUACAAGACCUACACCACUCAAUUCACGAUUUUCUCCAUUGCAAUAGCGGCAUUAACAAUUCUUGCCGUUGCACAUAUCAUGACACGUAAAAAUUUGUUUGAAUUACCGGAUAUUAAACAGAUAUUUAAGAUAAAAACAAAGAUUACAUUAGUGGAGCCAUUUUCUGGUAAAGGUGUAUGUUUUAAAGAUGUAGCUGGAUUGCACGAAGCAAAAACAGAAGUUAUGGAAUUUGUUGAUUACCUUAAACAUCCUGAACGAUAUAAGAAGCUUGGUGCUAAGGUUCCCAAAGGAGCUUUACUAUUAGGACCACCAGGAUGUGGCAAAACACUUUUAGCUAAAGCAGUUGCAACAGAAUCACAUGUCCCAUUUUUGUCAAUGAAUGGAUCUGAAUUUAUUGAACUGAUAGGUGGGUUGGGUGCUUCACGUGUAAGAGACUUAUUUGCAGAGGCCAGGAAAAGAGCUCCUAGCAUAAUAUACAUAGAUGAGAUAGAUGCAAUAGGUAAAAAACGAUCCGAAGGAACCAUGGAAGUUAAUGAUGAAUCCGAACAAACGUUAAAUCAACUUUUAGUAGAAAUGGAUGGAAUGCAAACUACAGGAGAUGUUAUCAUUUUAGCCUCAACAAAUAGAGAAGAUGUAUUAGAUAAAGCAUUACUGAGACCCGGGAGAUUUGAUAGGCAUAUUUUAAUUGAUCUUCCUACUAUGACUGAAAGAAAAGAAAUUUUCGAAUAUCAUCUGAAAUCAUUGUCUCUGGAAGGGAAGCCUAACCAAUAUUCUGGGUACAUGGCAUAUCUUACUCCAGGUUUUAGCGGUGCGAAUAUUGCGAAUGUUUGCAAUGAAGCAGCAUUACAUGCAGCAAGAGAGAAAAAAACUUCAGUCGAUGGUAGCGAUCUUUUAUAUGCAAUUGAUAGAACAAUAGGAGGCAGUGCAAAGAAGAGCAGUGUUUUGACACCUACCACAAAAAAGGUUGUUGCUUAUCAUGAAUCUGGACAUGCCUUAGUGGGUUGGUUAUCAGAACAUACUGACGCUUUAUUAAAAGUAACAAUAAUACCAAGAACAAAUAUGAGUUUGGGUUUUGCUCAGUAUACCCCAUCAGAUCAGAAGCUUCACAGUAAAGAAGAGUUAUUUCAAAACAUGUGUAUGAUGUUAGGAGGUAGAGUCGCAGAAAGUUUAAAAUUUGACAAAAUUUCAACUGGAGCGGAGAAUGAUUUAAAAAAAGUAACAAAAAUAGCCUAUCAUCAAGUUCAGCAAUUUGGUAUGAGCCCAGCUGUGGGGUUAAUUUCUUUUAAUGAAGAAGCUACAAGCACGAGAACCAAAAAAAUAUACAGCAAAAAAUUAGCAAAUUUAAUGGACGCCGAAGUACGAAGAAUAAUUACAGAAGCAUACAAAGCAACAGAGAAGUUGCUAAAAGACAAUGAAGACAAGUUAAAUCUGUUGGCUGAAGAGCUCCUUAAAAGAGAAACUUUAACGUACGACGAUGUAGAAAAAUUACUUGGUCCUCCACCAUACAUGCUUGAGAAGAAAGAAAAGGAAAGUAUUUCUAAACAACGAAGUCCAAAAUCUUUGAAAGAUAAUACAAAAUCACAGUCAUUGAAGAAUAAAAAACUUGCUUCAUCAUUUUCUAAAUCUGAGACUGAUGAAAGUUCAAAGACAACUUAUACACCACAAAUGCAAGUAAUUCUUCAGAAAAUGAAAGAAAAAUCAUUGAAGAAUAGUUCUAAGGCACAAAAAAUUAAAGAAAACAAAGAUAAUAAUAAAAGCCAACAGAAUAUAUCAGAUAAGCAACAAUCAAAAAGCAAAGAGAAAAGUGAUGCAACAAGAAAAAUAAAUGACCAGAGUACAAGUACAAUUAAACGUAAGAGGAAGAGGAGAAGAUCUUUAAAGAAAAAUUUGGGAGAAGAGCGCAUGGAAGAAUUAAGGAAAAGUUUAACAUUACAAAAUAAUGAUGACGAAAGUUCUGAUGGUGCUAACAAUGUAUCGCAAACCACCUCUUCAAACAAAAAACAUGUUGUAGUUGGAAAGUUACCAGACAUUUAUAAGAAUGUAGAAGUCAGAUUAACACGUUUGAAGGAUAAACUAUCAAAGAAUAAAGUUCCAGUUAAUAAAGCUUCUAGUUAUGAAAAACCAAAAAUUUUAUCUGUGGAACCUGUGACAACAACAGUAGCUGAUUUAGUGAAACGAUCUAAUGAAGAUUCUUUUUAUGAGGAAAUGGAUUGGGAACCAUUAGAAGAUGAAAAAAUUACAUUUGAAGUACAAGCUGUUAGAACUCAACUUUGUGCAGUAAACAAUAUGGAUGUAACAUACAAUCUACCAAAUCAUAGUUUAAGUUGUCCACCAGUAUUAGAAGAACAAGAAAAACGGCAGCUAUAUAUCGUUGUUGAUACAAACGUAUUUUUGUCAAAUAUUGAUGCUGUUGAAUCAGCAAAAGAAAGUAAUUUCAAAACUUUUAAUCGCCCAUUUAUUGUAAUACCAUGGACUGUUAUACGUGAACUUGAUUAUAUUAAAAAUAAUAAUGGAAAAACAAAACCAGCAUCAUUGUGUAAGAAAGCAAGAACAGCUAUUAACUAUAUUAAUAAAUUAUUUUCUUCCAAAUAUCCGUACAUUAUUGGUCAAACGCGAGAGGAUGUCUUGAAGAAUAAAGAAAAAUUUUCUCUCGAUUGUCCAGAUGAUGAGAUUCUUCAGACCUGUUUACAAAUUCGCGAAUUAGAAAAAUCUGUGGUGUUAAUGUCAUACGACACUAAUCUUUGCAAUAAAGCAAUGGUUUAUGAUAUUGUAACACUUGGAAGGAAUGACCCUUUUGAGAAAGUUGAUUAUCUUAAUGCUACAAAUUAUUUAAACAAUUCGUCUUGUAGUCUUAACGAACAGAAUAAGGAAAUAUUGAGUUUGAACUCAUCUUCGUCUUUAAAUCAAGAAAAUCGCAUAUCCAAUGAAAUAUUUGAUGACGCAAAAAGUGUUAUAAAAGAUUUGUUGACCCUGAUAGUCAGCAAAGAAAUGCAUGGAUUGUAUGGUGAAUUGUGGGAGAACUAUGUCAUCAUAAAACCACCAUGGACUGCUGUAACUGUUUUACAAUGUGCUAUAAAACAUUGGAUAGCUGCUGUCAAUGAGUCAUUUUUAAGAAAAGCAGAACUCGUUUUGAAAGAGUUGCUACAAAUAUUUAAAAACACUUCUGGUGAAAAAACAUUAAUCGAAGUUAGUUGCAUCUUAAAUAAAUGCAGUGAUCUGAUUCAGAUGGUUAAUAUAGAUAAACAUUCGAAUUUAAUGAUACAUGCCUCUCAGAAGAUCGAUGAAUUAAAACAACGAUGUCGUUCUUUCGAAAAUGAAUUAAACAAUCAGAGAUUAUGCGAUGCAAUCGGGUUUGAACGCGAUAUCGCAGAACGAGAACGAAGAGGACUAAAAGCUUUUCAAUAUUUUGAGGCAGCAUACAUUUUUGCUCGUAAUAUGUGUGGGUUAGCAGCUGAUAUAGCAGGAAUGCCUUGUACUUUCCAUUAUAAUAUUCCAAAUCCGCCUCCAUCCUCGGAUUUCGUGAAACAGAUACAACCGGAACUUGCAGCCAAUGUGAACAAAUUGUUGCAUACCUUGAGCGCCGUACUGGAAGAAGUGAAAAACUCAUCCACCGACCAUCGAACAUUAAGCAGUCUGCAUCAAACAUUGGUAACGUUUCUCCCUGAAUCGGUGCCUGCAACGAUGAAAUUACCCGACGACGAGCUGACACCCCUGGACAUAUACUGUUGCGUAAAACAGAAGGAGGACGUAUUGAAAACAGGUUUACGCCAAUUGCAGGAACUCAGUACGCAUUUCUGUCGAUUAGCUAGUUAUAGAUGUACAUAGCCAUACAGUAUGUAUAAAACUAACAAAAGCGUCGUUCAAGUUGGUCGUAUUCUUGUUCAAUGGCAUUGCUAACGCGGGUGUACAGUGUAAUUUAACAGUCGUGAUAUAUAGCCGGGUUUAACCGCGUACAUGUAACGAGGAACAAGUUAAGCGAUACGAAUAUUUAACAAUAUUCUUUUUAUUAACAGUUCUAUAUAUUACAAGAUAUAACUUUUGUAUAAGGUGAAAAAUAAAAACGGCCA